CCGACAAGGCGCAGCUGCGGAACCAGCUGGACCAGACCGCCCAGGGCAAGAAGGAGGUGGAGGAGAACGGGCGCCGAGCGGGUGCCGCGCUGACCAAAGCCACCCAAGAGCAGGAGCAGUGCCAGCAGGACCUGCUCAACACCAGGACCCUCUGCGAGUCCACCAGAACCAACCUGGAGCAGCUGAAGCACCAGUGCAGCACCCUGAGGUCCACCGUCGGCUACUCCUUCCAGCGCAUCAAGGAGAUGCUCCCUGGACGGCUGGAGCGGGGGCUCCGGCUGACGCAGCAAACGGAGGACCUUUUCCUCUGGCAGCAGGAACGGGAGACCAAGUACGUGGGGAAAAGCGUCUGCGAGAUGGACGUGCGCCAGUGCCACGUCAACUGCUCCGGGGAGAAGCAGAAGCUGGAGAAGCGACUGCAGGAGGUGGAGAAGCAGGUCAAGGGCGGCCAGGAGGAGAAGAAGAAGCUGCUGGUGGACAAGGAGCAGCUGGGCAAGGAGCUGGCGGAGAAGAGCAAAGGGGCUGGACCAGAGGUGCUGCACUCAGGGUGGGGGGCAGCGGUGCCAGCAUCACCCACCACCGCCCGCUCUCCGCAGCUGGACGCAUUCUUGGACAUCACGGGCUCGCGGUUGCCAGGGGGCAGCGGGCGGCCGGGCCCCUUCGCCGGUGUGGGCUCCUACACCGAUGCUCUGAGGAACCAGGGCAUCUUCGGGAACAUGG